ACGUUGAGUUCACUUACGAAAACAACGUAAGCGAUGACAGGGCAUGUUCAUGCCCAACCAGUGUUUACAAAAAAACCCAUAGAAGUGACGUCAUGCUGACGUUAUUUGUCAGCGGCGCGGGCUGGAUUGAACAUGAGAAAGACAUAGAUGACAUGGUGGUCUUGAGAGAGGGUAUAUGUCCUGGGCUGAAUAAGGACCUCAUCGAAGCCUUAAGAAAUGUGGACAUCAGAACAGUGGAGGAGUUGGUUUCAGCGAACCUUGAGGAACUGGCCCAAAAAUGUUCCGUCUCCUACAAGGCUUUGAUUGCUGUGCGUCGGGUUCUAUUGGCCCAACAUGCAGCUUUUCCUGUCUCAUGUGCUGACAUGUAUGAAGAGCUACUGAGCUCAACUGCUAUUCUCUCCACAGGCAGUCAUGGUCUAGAUAAGCUGUUAGACUCUGGUCUGUACACAGGGGAGAUAACCGAGCUAACAGGAGGUCCAGGAAGUGGCAAAACGCAGGUGUGCUUUAGCACCGCUGUUCAUAUUUCAUGCCAACUCAAGCAGAGCGUUAUCUAUAUCGACACUAAUGGAGGAAUGUCUGCAAAUCGUUUGCUUCAGAUGCUGCAAGCAAAGGCCAGCACUAUGGAAGAGCAGAUGGCUGCUCUUCAACGAAUUCAAGUUUUUAGAGUGUUUGAUGUCUUCUCCUUGCUUACAUGUCUACAAAAUAUAAGAAUCGGUGGAGUUCAGAUGGAAUGUGUUGGAUGUUCAGUAAAAGCUCUUAUCCUGGAUUCUGUCUCAGCUGUACUCUCCAAUAUGCUGGGAGGCAAACAGAAUGAGGGCAUGUCCUUGAUGAUGCAAGUUGCUGGAGAGCUGAAAACUAUUUCGAAGGACCUUAAUGUUGCUGUUCUGGUGACAAAUCAUGCGACGCGAGAUGGCAGUGGCCAGGCGAAAGCGGGUUUGGGUCAGUCCUGGAGUCACGUCCCGAGGACCCGCGUUCUCCUACAGCAAGUGGAGAGGCCUGGCAGCUCCUCCAGCCUGCGAGUAGCAACGCUGACCAAAUCAUCUAGACAGUCAUGUCAACUGGAAGAAGAAUUUGACUUGAGAUGCUGGGGAGCACCUGAAGAUAUGAAGGCUGGAUCUUCAGGCAAGAGAAAACUGGACGGGGGCAGCCCUGGGGUUGGGUGAAUGCUUAUUCAUCUAGCUAUAAACGUACAAGUUUGUGUCUUCAUUCAUUCAAUGAUUAUUAUUUGUUCUCUCUCAACUCAUCAAUAAUAUUGGUGAACAUACUGUGUUUUCUGUGAGUUUUUGUUAAUACUGAAAUAUGGAAAUGUGGUUUUAGUACAUCAGUGAAAACUUUUUUAAAAGUAUUUGCAUUCAGACAGCUAAUUAUUAAAUUAUUCAGCUACAUAGUUCAUUCAUUGAAUUGCCUAAUAUGGAGAAAUUGUCUAUCAAUUAUCAAUUUAAUGUGUAAGAUGCCAUCAGUGUUGUUAAAGUUAGAGGUCAUGAGAAGUAAGUUAAUGAAAACCAUGUCUAUUUUUAAACAAGACAUGAUGUAUGUCUUGCAUGAUGUAGCCAUAAAUUGGUUGUUGUUUCAUCAGUAGACUCUGUAAAGCAGUGCAAACUUAGAUUUACAUUUAGGAAAUAAAAAAUACCUUAGUCAUUUAAAAACUUGCUUGUACAGUAUAUCAAUAAAGCACAA